GCAUUGCAGGCUGAACUCAAGUGAUUACAUAAACUGAACUUGGACUGAUCUGACAGUUUUUAAGCAUUGUAUUCCAAGUAGAGACACAGAAGGGAGCUUGGUAGAGAUUCAAAUUUUUAAAAUGGCUGUAAAAGCAUUCCUAGAGGAAAUGCAGGGAACAAUAGAGAAAGCUAAAAAUGCAAAACCAGAAGACUUGGUGGCAGUAUACAAGGGGAUAAAGUAUCCUUCUUUCCUCUGUAUGCAAGAAACUUUUGAAGCACUACCCAGUUUUGAAGCCAGACAAGAUGACAUAAUGCUUGUGGCCUAUCCUAAAUGUGGUUUUAACUGGAUGAUUAAUGUAAUGAAAAAAAUAAUUUCCAUUGAUGGAGAAGCUUUUAAACCUGAUGAAGAUAUUCCACGAAUUGGACUAAUUGAAUUCCUAAAGCCAGACAAACUCCAGAUGUUGGAUAAGAUCCGUUCUCCAAGACUUCUGGGCACUCACUUUCACCCAAAUAAUAUUCCAAAGUCUUUUUUCGACAAAAAAACUAAGAUGCUGGUUGUGUUCCGCAAUCCCAAAGACACUGCUGUUUCUUAUUACCAUUUUUGCCAGAAUAACCCAGUCCUGGUGACGUAUGAAUCCUGGGAUGCUUUUUUCUCAGAAUUUAUUAGAGGAGAUGUUCCCUGGGGCUGUUAUUUUGAUCACGCAGUUGAGUGGAACAAAAGAAUGGAUGAUGAAAAUGUGCUGAUUGUGACAUAUGAAGACCUGAAAGAGAACUUGCAAAACGGAAUCGAAAAAAUAAGUAAAUUCUUCAAUUAUACCUUGACUGAAGAACAGAUCCAAUCUAUCACUGAAGCUUGUACAUUUAAGACUAUGAAGGAGGAAUCGAUUAACACUCAUGGACAAUUUGGCCAAGUUAUAUUUAGGAAAGGAGAUGUAGGAGACUGGAAAAACCUUUUUACUGAAGAGCAAAGCAAAGAAGUAGAUGCUAAGUUUGAACAAUACCUCGCAGGAACCAAACUUGGAGCCAUGCUGAAAUAUAAUUUGUACUGCAAAUGAAGUCCAGGGAAACAAGCAGAGCAGCAGAACACCCCAGUUGUUGAAAAGUGCCACACACAUUUGACCUAUGACUUAAAAAUUGUACUGAAUCAUUAAGUUGAAAAGUUUACAUAUUUUACUGAUUUUCACUUUGCACAGAUUUUACCCUUGCAGAUCAGUAAGGUUCUAUCUAUCUAUCUAUCUAUCUAUCUAUCUAUCUAUCUAUCUAUCUAUCUAUCUAUCUAUCUAUCUAUCUAUCUAUCUAUCUAUCUAUCUAUCUAUCUAUCUAUCUAUCUAUCUAUCUAUAUCUUUAGCUCUAAGACCAGUCUCUUUGAAAAAUGAUUAGGUAAGCAUUUACUAAUGCUUAAUAAGCAAAUUAUAAUUUCAUCCAUUUUUAUCUGUCUCUGAAUGACAUCUAAUAUUAUUUAAAAUCAUGGAGGCCAUAGGAAAAUUUUAGUGCUAGAUGCUUACCAAAGUGGCAGUUUAUUCAUUCUGGCAGAAGAACACACUAACUAGGUGUGGAAAGAAACACUUCUUCAUAUGGAAAUAGAAAUAAUUUAAUGUAUCCGUUCAGAGGGGAAUGUUGUGGGCAUAAUAAAUCCAACACUUUGUAAAAGAAAAUUCCCAUAUUUUUGCUAGAUACAGAACAAAUAUAUUUAUUGAUAAAACAGGAACUUAUAAUAAAUUCAUAAAUGACACCUUGAUCUCUCUUUGACCUACUUUGGAAAAGCAGCCUUUAUCAUGGUCUUAAUAAACUAUUUUGUAAAGAACUUUAUCCAAGAACCAGGGUAAGGAAUAUAUAAGGAAAAAUCUCUUUAAAAGAGUCUUUAGCAAUACAAAUUGCUUUUAAAAUUAUGAAUUCUUUUCUGAAAAAUACUAUGCACAAAGAAACACCUACAUUUAAAGAUAUUUAUUUCUAACAAUUUAUGAUGUACUGUAUGUGUGUAAGAUAGAUAGAUAGAAGAGGAAUUACUGUGACGGAUUAAGCUCUCUACAAAUUCAUCUGUUUGGUGCUAAAUCUUUUAUAAUAAAUCUUAAUUUGGUGGGUAUAUUUUUGUGCAAAAAAAUACAUAUAUAUUUUUUAGGAACAAACUAGUAAAUGUACAACUAUUAGUAUAUAUUUGUUUUUUCAAUAAAAAAUGUAUUUGUAAUGAAGUGAACUCUGUUUAAUACAGUUCAAAAAUGUUCUGGUCUCCAUUGACUAUGACUUGGAAUAAGCAGUUUUAAGAAUGUUAUGUUAUGCUACAUUAUCUAUAGAAGCAAUGUUAAGUAAUUUUGAAAUGCUGCCAACAACAUUUGUUGGUAAAACGUGUCUGUAUUCUCUUCAUAAUAUUUGUAAAUGCUUAUUUGUUUUUUUCAACACUAAUGUCUUUCUGAAUACAGGUCCAAUUAAAUUAA